UGAUGCUGUUGCUAUAGGACUGUGGGGCUCAGAACCACUGUACUGGGGGAGGAGGGAAUGUGUGAGGAACCGGUGAGCUGUGAGGAGUGCAGAGCAGAAAGAAGUGUGACUAAAGAGGAACUACAAGAGGGACGUUACCCAUUUCCUAUCUUUUCAUUUUUUAUUUUCCCGUGCUUUGCCUCUGCUGAGUGGAUGUAGAGCAUUAGGUUGUGAUCAUGCGGUGUGUUUGCUCCAGUUACUGUGCAGACAGAAUGAGAGUGUCUAUGUGCUGGCUCUCGGAUUGAUGGAGCUUUACGGCUGGAUUCUGGCCUGAAAGCAGUGAAAAUGCAGACAUAUGAGAUUACAAGGGAUUCUGCUGGGUUUUGCAUUCACUCUGUUUAUGCCAUGUAAUCAGCCUGCCAUGCAAGGACUGAUGCUUUGAAGUGCUGGUGCUUAUAAAAUGGAUGUCUCCCCAAAGUCAGGAGAAACUCUGAUCGUGUGCCACAUCCAUGGCCAGUCUGUUGGGUGGCACCUAUAUAACUCUGUACAGACAUCCAGACAGCCACGCACUUUGAAUUUAACCCACAGUAUAUCCCUUCCUGAGAGAGGAGAUCUGCCGAGGGAAGCACUUGACUAUGGCAGUCUAAGUCACACAAGCAAGUCAAGUUCAACAGAAACAGAGGACAAAAAGGUGACUGAAAAUUCUAGAGGGUAUGAAUCGUCCCCAACGCUUUGUGCUUUGGACUCUCCAUCGACCAAUCCUCAACUAAAAAAAGAGCCAUUGCAUUGCAGAGGUACUCCCAGAUGGCAUAACCUCUUCAUCCCUGAAUCAGAAGUGAAUGAGGAUGAAGAGGAUGAGGACUCAGAUGGAGACAACUUGCACAAGUACCAUGAGGGGUCAUCCCUUCAACUACAAGGAAAUGUGACUCAGAGUAAUAUGAAUCCUUUUAGCCAAGUCAAAGUAAACAAAGAACAGGAGAGGGAGUUUGAUACAGGUUGCGGGGAUCGCAGGGAUAGCAGAGGAACCCCUGUAUUAAUGGACUGCGAUGAACAGGACUGGGGUGAUGAGGAAGACUUCAGUAAGCAUACUCUCGAGGAACCUGAUAAUAGCUGGGCUCCAACUGAAAACAUUAUCGAAUCCAUUACUCAAAACCAAACAGACUAUAUCACUGACUCUUCCUGUAACAGCUCAGAUGGAGUACUAGUUAACUUCAGUGCUAUCUACCACAAAACCAACAAUGCAGUUCCUGCAACUCCACUAAAUCUAGAUAGUCCUGUUCCUGGAUCUUGUAUAGUGUUACAGGACAGUUCAAACCCUUUACCCAGCUGGUCAUCUCACAACACUGAUCCAAACUGCAACAUCUACCCAUUCAACUCUUAUGGCUUCCCAUCAAUAGAAAUUUCUGACCUCACUAUGUGUCUGCAGAGUCAGGCACGGUUAGCAGGUUCCACCCAGAAUUACUAUAAACUGGUGACGUGUGACCUAUCAUCCCAGUCUUCACCUAGCCCACCUUGGUCCUCUUUGACCAGUUUCUCUGAGACUCAAAGCCAUGGAAGCUGUUCUCCAACUUCCGAAUAUUUCCUAUUCGGACAUUCAGAGGAAGAGGAAAGGGAGAAGCCAAAGGUUUUCCAAACUGAACACAAGGGUGAUGGAAACAUUGAAGUGAAGAAUAUUAGACGAGCCGAUAAGGACCAAUCUAAGGGAACAAAAGAGAGAAUGGUACACAUAAAAACCCAUCAAUCUGCUCCAAGAGAACAUAAUAGUUGUAAUUACAUUAAGACUCCUCAGUCUCAGAACUGGAUUAUCAGCCAGAAAUGUUCUACCUUAUCAAAUCUGGGAGCCCUACAAAACAGCUGUCCAAGCCAUUUAGACACAAAUUUAUCUUCACCUCUGUCUAGGCAACAUGCCACCUCUUUUGCAGAAAUUGCCCGAUGUAAGAAGGGAAAUGGAGAGCAAUCCAUGAAAAAGUGCAUAGAGGAUCCAUCGGGCUCACACUUCAUCCAAAACCUCUCUUCUAUCCAGAAACAGGAUGAUUCAGAGAUGGCAACAAAGUCCCUGAGUGCUGACAGCAGUAGUCAAUCCAAUCCAGAAGGUGCUUCAUCCCCAGAAGUUGUGCGAUACACAAAAGCACAAAGGCCCACCUUUCUCUCUAUUCAGCCCUUUGUGCUUCAGGCACCCUCAGGAAAACAACAGACCAAAGCACUUGGUUCCCUUCUUAAUCAGUACAUCAGCUACAAGUACAGCAAGCCUGGGCCAUCCAAAGCUACUUGCAAAAGCAAGGCAUAUCCACAUCAUAAGCAACCCUCCCCUCUCAGGAGUUCCUCUAACAUCCACCCGGAGGCAGCGACCAGUUCAGACACUUGUUCCACCUGCACAUCAAGUCCUAUUUUGCCCCAUAACCACUCCCAGUGUACCCAGCCCUGCACACUGUUGGGGCUCAUUCACCAGGACAGAAAUCCACAUAUGAGUCCAAAUAUGAGACCAAGAAGCCCUCAACGCCUAGAGCAAGCAGAUGGGAGUCCAAAGGCCUGUUCAAGUCAAACACAGUUAAGCCAAAAACAUUCUUGGUAUGGAAAACAAGCAUCUCAGAAUCGUCCACUCAAGCAGGUUCCUAUUGUUCAGAUUCAGACUCCACAAUUAAUCAAAGAGGAGACUACAGGUCCUCUGGAUGCAUCCUUCCCUUUACAUCAAAACUCCUCCCCUGCCAUUACCUCAGUCACCUCCUUGACCUCUAUCACCUCCCUUGUCUCUCUACCAGGCACUGGAUGGAACUCCCUUUGGCCUUUUGAAGCUUCAUCACAGGUCUGCACCAAUGAAGAACCUAUUACCAAUGUUCAACACACCUUUAAGCCAAGGAGAUCACCUUGUGUUAUGAGGAAACGUCAACAUGGUGACUCAUUCUCCAUGACUGACAGACCCCCUGAAGUGUUCUGCUUCUCCCCAGAAGCCCCUUCAGAUCUUCUUUCAGUUGAUCUUUUGCACAAGAGAAGUAUGUUGAAAGCUGUGAGUUUGGCAGUGGAUCUCAUAAUGGCACAUUUCAACUCAAGACAAGACCCAGAAGAAAAGAUCAGACUGGGAAAUAGUUUACUGUGCACCACUAUCAGCAGCCUUGUCCUUAAACAGCUUUACCUUGCAAUCCAGAACAUCCUUCAAGAUGGUUUGAAAGCCUAUAAAUUGGACUUGAUUAUUGGACAACGACACAACAAACUAUGGAACAUCGUAGAGGCCACAGCACGACCAGGCUCAUCUACCCGACUGUCUGACAGCUUGGUGUCUGUGGUAAAAAAAUGUUCCCAGUUAUCAAGUCGCAUGCGGCUCAGUGUCUUCAUCAUAGAUCUGCUAAACUUGCAUGCUUUGGAAUUCUGGAUCCGUCAUUUAUACACUUGCGUUGAUGUUGUGACGGAACACUAUCACGAAUGGGGUUUCUUGGCUCUGGCCCAGGGGCCAACUUAUAGACCACUGUUCCAAGAGCUGCUUCUUUUGCUGCAGCCACUCUCCCUGCUGCCAUUUGACCUCCAUCUUCCAUCCGAACCUCACCUUCAAAGUAAGGAAAAGCAAAACCACAGAGCACCCCUGCCUCAUCGGCUUCUUGCCCAGUCAGCUCAGAUCCUGCAGAUGAGCUCGAUCCAGAAGAACAGCAGGAGUCCAACAGGUCACAGCGAUGUCUUCAGUCAAAGGGAAACUGAUGGAUUUUGGCUUAAUCAGACACCCACCUCAGAGUGUGAAACACAGAAGAAAGAGGAUGUAGCAACUGGAAUGGAAAACAAUGAGAUGCCACAAUCUUCAACAAGUCCUCUGGAGGACAAACACUUGAGUGAGCUGCGUUGGGCCAGGCUCUUCGGCUCUAAAGUUGGAACACCAGUUGGCCCACAGAAGGCACAAAUAAACAUGCGUGGACCGCUGAGAAGACGGCCUUCAGAAUGGCUGAAGCUUGGUGCAUCCAAAGUGGAUCUGCUUGCGCAGUCAGUGUGGAUAGGAAAAUGGCCAGAGACUCAUCUGAGUGGUAACCAUGACAGAGACACCCCAAACAAAGAUGAGAUAUUAUUCUAAAGAGCCCACAAGGAGUCUGAUUUUAGCUAGACAGAGUAGAAGCACAAUUAAUCCAAAAUAAACCUUACAUAGUCAACCGACACAUCCUGUACAAUCCAGUGCAAGUGCACCAUAUCUGUUCCCGGCUAGAAUAUUGCCUUAGUGAUUUACCAAUCAGGACAAUCUGUAUUAUACCUUGGUCUAUACAAAAUAUUCACUAACUUCAAGCCAUGAUGAGAUAAAGUUUUUAGAUUAAAUUUAUAACACAAUCAUAGUAUAGUGUAGAGUAUAUAACAUGGAUGGAUAUCGUCUGCCAGCAAUCAAGCACAAAACUGGAACUGAGGUCCUCAGAAGUCUUUUCCAACCAAACCCUGCACUUUAUCUCUGUCUCAGGUCAUUAUGUCAUGUAAAUCUAGUCAUAUAAUUUCUGCUGUUGUUGAACU